AUGACGACAUAUUUAGAAAGUUCAGACUGCAAAAGAGAUCGGCGGCUAAGGGGAGGGGAUCAGAGACAAGCCACCGUAGUAACUUCUUGGGACGGACGGGCCGACCGGGAUGAGCAGGCACCCUCCAUGGCGCAGCGACGUUUCCACUCCAAUAAUGGGCUUCUGCAGGAUAACAGGACAUUCCCCCAUUCGAUCGCUGCUAUGGCUGCCGGAUUCCACGUGAUUCCGGGUGAACCCCUCCUCCGGCCACCGGGACAGAGGAGGCCUGCCGACCAAUCAGAAUUGGUAAUCGAAGAGUUGGCGGGCGGUUCUCCUCUCUUUGAUUCUCGUCCUCGUCCCUCGCCACCCGAUCCGUCCGCUGUCUUUGAUGUGGAUGCUUCGAUCCCGACCAUUUCUUUCGUGAACAAAUUUCGUUCUCCAGCUUCUGCGAUCGAACCGGCGUCUUCCCUUCUGUUGUUGCCCCUCUCCCUCUCCUCCCCCUUCGCUCGCGCUGUGCCCCUCUACUCUCUUUGGCCUCUUGUCUCCUCCGCGGUUCUUCCACGGCCAGAAGCAUCGCCAUCGCAUCAUGGCUUCUGCUUUGGCUUGCCCCCUUGUCUUCUCUCUCUCCGUCAUGGCCCGGUCGGGCGAUGGCCGAGGAUGAUGAUGCUGUUUUUUCCCGCUUCCAUCGGUCGCAAAGCUGUCUUCGCGACGCGUCGCCGAUAUCGCUCCCAUCUCAGGGAUUUGCUCUUUAUCUCCUCAUGUGCCCGUGCUACUGCUUUCACUUCAGUGUCAUCUCUCGUUUGUAGUUGUAUCUCUGAUGGUGGUUGCGCCGUUCAUCUCGUGUUCCGUGCUUGUUGGUGCUUGGAUGCGGAGGUGGGCGCGUCAGCAAACGCGUUACUAGCUCACAACCCAACCAGAUCUGCCUCACCUGUGCACAACAGCAACUGUAGCCCUUCACUGGGGACCCUUCAAUGCCUCCUUCACAAAUCAAUGAAUGAUACCAUUUUCUUCCCUUGCAAUAUUGUCACUUUCUGUCCUCCGCCGGAUCUGUUUCCUACACCAUCUUGA